GUAUUUUUUGACAGAAAUCCAUAUGAUGUAUUCAUUUAAAAACAAAAUUGCAAAAACGAAACAAAAAAAAACAACAAGUUAAUAUCAAAAUUAACUUAUUUAUUUUAUAUGUCAACUUGUAUUUUCAACAUUUUAAAUUAAUUUGUACUAAAAUCUAUGAUUGCAUCUAUUUUAUUUACAUCAGUGAUUAUGAAAAAUCAAAUUUAUAUCUUGCGUAACAUUGUCAAUAUUAUAAAUAACACCAAAAAUUAAAACACAAAAAAAAAAAAAUAAUAAAUAAAUGAAAGUAAUUUUUCGCUUCCAUAUGUACAAACAUUGUGUGUCAACAUAUAUUAAAAUUUUUUUUUGAUUACAAACUUAUUGCUCAACUGUUAAAAAAAAAUCAAAUAGGGUUAUAAAAUAGAUAAUUAUUUAGACAAUUAUUAGGUAAAUGUUUAUCACAUAAAACAUUAUGACUUUACAUAAUAAAUUAACUCGUGAAAAUGCAGAAAAGAUAAUGGAAUCAAGUAAAAAGUUUCCUCAUAUUAAUAAUUCAUUGAAAAUUUUAAAUAAAUGUUUUGAUAUGUACAAUAGUGAUGAAAUAUUUGUGAGUUUUAAUGGAGGAAAAGAUUGCACAGCUGUUCUUCAUUUAGCAGCAUCAGUUGCAUUAUUAAGAAACUUUUCAUCUUUAACAUGUUUAUACGUAAUUGGUGAUACAUUUCCAGAGGUUGAUGAUUUUGUGGAAAAAGCUGCACAGUAUUACAAUAUUAAGCUUAUAAAAAUGAAAAAACCAAUAAAAGCAGCAUUAAAUGAAUUAUUAUUAGUUGAUAAUAAUUUAAAAGCAUGUUUAAUGGGUGUUAGAAAAGGUGAUCCAGGAACAGAUUGUGUAGAAUCAUUUAUGAAUACUGAUCCUGGUUGGCCAAAAUUAAUGAGGGUCAAUUUAAUAUUAGACUGGACGUACAAUCAAGUUUGGGAAUUUUUACUUAAACAUAAUGUGCCUUAUUGUUCACUUUAUGAUAAAGGCUAUACAAGUCUUGGUGAUAAAAACAAUACAUUUCCAAAUGAAUUGUUGAAAAAUCCAAAUGAUCCGUUACAGUAUCUUCCAGCUUAUAAACUUGUUGAUGAUUCAACUGAACGAAAUGGCAGAGGAUAGUUAAACGAAU